AUGUACUUGAGUGUUCAUACUAGACCAGAUAUAUCAUUUGCAUUGAGUUGUUUAUCACAAUUCAACAACAAACCAAGAGUAAUGCACAUGGCAGCAUUAAAGAGAAUUCUUCGAUACCUGAAAGGUACUAUUAAUUACUGCUUGGAAUUUAAAAGGGAGAACUCAACAACGAAGAUAAGAUGUGAAUCUGAUGCAUCGUGGGACAGAACAGAAGACGCAAAAUUUUUUACUGGAUUGCUAUUAUACAGGAACGGAAACUUGAUACAUUGGAGAAGUAAGAAACAAUCAAUCGUUGCAUUGUCAUCGACGGAAAGCGAACUAGAAGCUAUGCUGGAGGGAUUAAAGGAAAUAAUAUGGACCUCCAGAUUACUAUAUGAGAUGGGAUAUACAGAAGAAGUAAAAAGAGAAUUAAAUUGUGACAAUUUGAACGCUGUUAGAUUGGCAAACGGAGGGAGUUUUAAAACUAAAUCAAAAUUGAUGAACCGAAGAUGCUACUACAUCCAAGAGGCUGUUAGAAAGGAAAAUAUUAUAGUCAAGCACGUAUCCAACGAGAAUAUGACAGCAGAUUGUUUGACAAAGCCGCUAGGAGCUCCGACUCUAUCAAAACAUAUAAAGAAGAUCAUAAAUACAAUGGAUUGA